AUGGGAAGUAAAUUAUUGAAGAAAGCCACCUCAAAAACGAUACAAAAAUCUUUGGAGCAGCAUCACACUAGCCCUGGAUCAAAUAAAACAAGCACAAGUGCCAUUUCUGAAUAUAUUCAUAUAGCUUUAAGUAACACAAGUAAUAGGCGCCCUUUAUCUGAUGAAGGCUAUGAAUUAAACGAUUCUAAACGAACGAAAAAGUGUGGACAGUUUGCAAUGUAG